CAGGGUGGUGUCACACUGAUUGAGAAAAAUGGAGGGUUACACUUACAUUAAGGUUUUUUGCAUUGUUGGUGUUCUAGUGUUUGUGAGUAUUUCAGAGAUUGAGGGUGCAGGGGAAUGUGGGAAAUCUACUACACCAGAUAAUGAAGCACUGAAGCUGGCUCCUUGUGCCUCUGCAGCACAAGAUGAAAAUGCUCAAGUUUCUCAGAGUUGCUGUGCUCAGAUACAGAAACUUGGCAAGAAUCCUAGUUGUCUGUGUGCUGUUAUGCUCUCCAACACAGCCAAAUUGUCUGGAGCAGACCCUAAAGUUGCCAUAACAAUCCCAAAACGAUGCAACCUUGCUAAUCGCCCUGUUGGUUACAAGUGUGGACCUUAUCUUCUACCUUAAGCUUGUACUGAAGACAAGGAGGGACUGAGGAAUCAAGGCACAAAAGCUGUUAACUGCAACUGUGACUGCAAAACUAUGUUUUAUUGUCCUUGUAAAAUUCAGAUCAAUAAUAGUUAUUAGCGCUCUAACGUCCCUCCUCAAUAAAACUUGCAAUUUUAAUGUUCAA